UACUGCAAUAGUAAAUAUUCCUAUUAUUUCUGUUUGUUUUAUUUUCUCUCUCUUGCAAUCCGCUAUAAGCUGGCGAUAUUUAUAUAGGUCUGUGAGUCGGCUCUACAGCGCUAUUAAUUCUAUUAUUUCUAUAUGUUUUUAUUUCCUCUCUCUUCGAGUAUGGUUUCAGCUGGCGAUAUUAAAAAUCAACUAGGUUAUCUCCCCCUGGAAAUAAAUUUUUUAGCAUUGAUUCAGCGCUGAGGCAUCGCAAAAAUCUGGCCAGUGGUUGCCAGGUGCUGCCUAGAGACGUAAAUACGCCAGCUAAAAGCGGAAAUUACCGCUUAGUCUGCAUCUAGAUCUAACUAAUGUCAUAGAUGAUAGAUCUAAUAUCGAAUCAAGGAAGAUCAAGAUCAGAAUUCAGAAGAUGGCUUUCCCAAGAGCAAGGAUCAAAAGAUUCAAUGAAACAAAUGAUAAUAUUCCAGGAGUCGGCAGUUACAAUCUGUUAGGUGAUCACCAUGGUCCUAUUAAAGACUUGGACCUCAACAGAACAAGAUCCCUUAACAGAUUAGAUCAAAGUGGAAGGACUUAUAAAGACAUAGGGUACAGACUAACAGACAAAAAUGAAAUGCCUGGACACAUAGAGUCGUUGCACAUGAAACUAAAAGAAGCGCAGGACCAGAUCAAAAGCUUGGACAUUCUCCUCACGGGGGCCAACAAACAAAAGGAUAUAUUGGAAAAAGAAUAUAAAGUCUUGGAACAGAAGUUGUCUUCAUGUAACAAAAACCUGAAAGAGCUAGAAAGUGAAAAGAACAAAUUAAACAAAGCCAUUUCAGAAUUGCAGAUGGAAAAUACAGAUUUGGAAAGCAAAAGAGCCAGCGCUGAACAUGAGAGCCAUGCUAUUUCUGCUCAGCUGGAAAAGGAAAAGAACAUUGUAAAGAAUCUACAGAAAGAAUGCUCGUCACUUCAGUCUUAUGUCUGCAAACUUCAGAAUGAGGUGAAAGAACUAGAAUCUGAGAAAAUCAAAUUAGCCAAAAUCAUUUCAAAGUUGGAAAACACUAAAGCUAAUUUGGAGAAAGAUAGGGAUGCCAUCUCUUCUUGUUUGAAUGAGGAAAAAGAAAGGUAUAAGAAAGAAUGUGCCACUUUAAUGUCAACAAUAACACAGUUGCAAAGGGAGGGGAAAAUCUAUGAUGAGGAAAACAAUAAAAUGGACAGAACAAUCCAAGAGCUAGUGACAAUGAAUGCCAGUCUAGAGAAAACUAAAGAUAUCAUUGCUACUCAGCUUGAAGCCGAGAGAGACAAGUCACAGAAAGAGUUAAAAUCAUCCAUAUCAGUAUUACUAGAGGAAUCAGAGGCAGAGAAAGUCAAGUUAAGCAAUAGAAUAACGGAGUUACAGAAAGAGACAUUAGAAUUGGGAAAGAAAUGA